CUCUCCAUACAAAGGAAGGAAAAAAAACAUUUCUCUUCCUUUGUUUCUCUCUCUAAAUACUCUCCUUUGCCUUCAAGUUAUCUUCUUUUUGGGCUUUGCCUUUCUUCAAAAACCCUAACAGAGAAAUAAAUAUCCAUCCUUUUUUUUGUUUUUAUUUUUUGUUUUGCAGAUCUCGACUGGGUUGCCAGAGCUAUCUCUCCUUCCUUAAAGCUUGGGCUAGUGAAGGUGAAAUUUUUGGGAAUUUUUCGGGGUAUAAAAAUACGAAUACUUUGAGGGUUUUAUUGUUUAAAGUUCGAGGUCUGGGUCUCAUGAGAAUUGUCAGGGGAAUGCAGAGAUUGUUUCGUGAGGAGGUGAACGUGCUGGGCUGGAAGAAAUCAUUCAGCCAAGGGAUUGGCAUUACCGCGCCCAAGGCAAGAACACGUGACAAACUUAUGAGUAGGGUUCUGGGUCUCUAAGUUUAGGGGGUUUUGGAAGGAAGAAUUAGGGCUACAGUUUCUCAUUGAGAAUAAUUUUCAACAAAAGAAAUGACUCGCAUCUUGGUUCAACGGGGUUCCACUGCCAGCUCUUCUUCAAAUCCAAGCCGCUCUUCUUCCUUGCCCGGGCCAUCUUCUUCUCGGGCAGAGCCAUAUGUUUCUACUCAGCAAGUUCCUUCAGCUGCCAAAGAUGACGAAGUUAGUGAGGAAGUGCAGGAACAAGUUGCUACAGAUGAGCUUUUAGAGUCUUCUGGGAGCAGUGAAAAUAAGGCUGUGAAAAGUGAUGAUGUUUUGCUGGAGAACUUGCAUAAUGAUCGGAAUGAAACUUCAAGCAAUGAAAUCGUUGAGGCUGAGAAAGUGAAUACUCUUGAUGCCACAGGUGCAUGGGAAAUGAUGAACGAUUUGGGUGGGUUGAGGAUUUCAGAAAAAGUUGUGGUUGAAAGUGAAGGUUCAAGUGGUGAUCUCUUACCAAUUGGCACUGGACGUCAACAUCCGCCCCCACCUCCUGUUCCACCACCUAAACCUUCAGCAGCAAAUUUAAAUUCAAGAAGAUUUCUGUCAGGAAGUUCAAGUCCUGCUCGUUCUGGAUCAUCUAGAAGAGCUGUUGCCUGGCCCAUUGUUCCAACAAGGACAUCACCAUCUGGGUCACGGCCUUCUUCUCCCAGAUCUCAUGGUGAGAGUGAGGGUUAUAAUAGUGCUGAUGAGCAGAACCCGUGCUUUGUGUCCUCCUGCAGUGAUGUAGAAAGGGAACGCCAAUUUGAAAUUGAUAUUAGACGAACAAAAGGUCUAGAAGUCAAACGGAUGUUAGAAGAUGGGAAUUGCCUCUUCCGUGCUGUUGCUGAUCAAGUAUAUGGGGAUUCUGAAGCUUAUGAUUUGAUUAGACAAAUGUGCAUUGAUUACAUGGAGCAAGAGAGGGAUCACUUUUCUCAAUUUAUAACAGAAGGUUUUACAUCUUACUGUAAGAGGAAAAGAAGAGAUCAGGUCUAUGGGAACAAUGCGGAGAUCCAAGCCUUAUCAGAAAUGUAUAAUAGACCUAUCCAUAUCUAUUCCUACAGCACAGAACCUAUAAACAUAUUUCAUGGAAGCUAUAAUACUGAUACUCCUCCCAUAAGGCUGAGCUACCAUCAUGGGAAUCAUUAUAAUUCUCUUGUUGAUCCACGUCGUUUGACAAUUGGUGCUGGUCUUGGAUUUAGCUGUCUCCGAGGGGCAAAUGUGGACAAGGAUCAAGUGAAGGCUGCUAUUAAAGCUCAACAAGACCAGCAGAUUGAUAAUGCACUCCUAGCUGAGGGGCGAUUUUACUCUGAUCUCGAGCUUACUGAGAAGGAAAUUGAGAGAAUGGUUAUGGAAGCUUCUAGAGCGGAGUACCUUGCCAAAGACAAGUUUAAGCCUCAAGUGGGCCGAAAAGGAUCAUCUACUUCCACUGCUGAACCAUCGUCAUCUGGAGCCAGGCCAUCAGGGAGUGAGACCAAAGUGGAAGGUUCGAAAGAGCAAGGUUUGCGGGAUACUGUUCUCAGCAGUGGCAUCCAAAUAUUGUUGUCAAUGGGAUUCAGUUAUCUGCAGGCAAUUGAAGCUUAUAGCAUAUUCGGAGAUGAUGUAGAUUCCAUGGUCUGUUAUCUCCUAGAAACCGGCAGUAGCAGCAGACGCAAAGGCAAGGCAACAGAAUGAAUCACGACAAUUCAGACUAGUGCAAAAGAUUAGUAGCAGGCAUGCUGUGGAGAGCUCCAUAAUGUUGGCUUCUCCCUCCACUCCUAACGUUGUAGCCUUGGUAUUAAAAUAAAUAAAUAAAUUAAUUAAUUAAAACAAUUCCUAGUUGCCGAAAGCAUGGCAGACGCUACGAUGUGUGAUCUAAAUUCAAUUUAAUAAAAUGAAAUAGCUAGCUAGAAAAGAUUAUUGUCAA